AUGCAAUAAAAUGAUACCUAAUCACUAAGAGUGAAAAAAAUAGAGUCAGACAAAGAAUUAGAUGAAGCUAUGAAAAUGAGAACAAAGGUGAUUUAGAAAAAUAAAAUAUUCAACAAAUAUACUUUCGAUGAAAUUUACUCAGAGGAAGAAUAACGAGCAACUAAAAAUAUUAUUUCAGAAGGAUUUGGCUGUUGCGCUCUAAAUGAAUAAGGUGAAAUAGUUUCAGUCAUUUUAGCUUUUGAUUUAACUUUUGAGCCCUAUAAAAAUCCAGAGUAGCUUACUCCACCUCAGUAAGCUAUUUAUAAAAUUAGAAAUUAAGCUUUGGCCAUUUUAAAACCAUAAAAAAAAAUGUAAGCUGCAUGGGUAGGUUACGCAGCAACUAAUGAAGAUUAUAGGAGAUAAGGAAUUUAGGGGCAAAUGAUACUCGCAGCUUGUUAAGAAGGAUUUAGAAAAGGAAUAGAAUUCAGUGUAGUCCACAUCAUUAGUUUAGAAAGUUACAAUUUAGCUAAAGCAGUGGGAAUGAAGAUGUUUGGAUAUUCCGAAUCAAGUGAUCCUUCUGACGAAAGAGUAUACUUUACGGGUGAGGGUAAUUUUUCAAAAGAUAUGGGUAUAAAUGCAUUAGCUAUAAUAGACAUGAGUAAACUCUAAGAUUCAGAUUCCAAGUCCAAAUUAUGA